AUGGGUAGUAAUGAUAAUAAAAUUUUUGAUUCGAUUAUAAUCGGAGGGGGUAUAGCAGGAAGUUUGUGUGCUUUAAAGAUUUCAAAUAAUAAAAAAGUUUUACUUUUAGAAAAAGAGGGGGAAAUAUUACCUAAAAGUGGAUCUUCCUAUAGUGGGUGUUAUAAGAUUCACACCGGUUUGCAUUUCUUAAAAGAUUUAGAAACCGCUAAGCUUUGUCUUUAUAAAGGUAUUCAAUUUGUUAAAGAAUUUUCUUUAUUUUUAUUGGGUGGUAAAGAUGGUUAUCAUUUAAAAAAGUCAAGAUUUUUUUUAAUGUCAAAUUCUGCUGUUACUAUUGAGGAGGCAGUGAACAAUACCAAUUCAUUGGUACAGUAUUAUAAGGAAUUGGUUUGUAGUGAUCCAUCAAAUAAAGUAUUGGGAGAAGUUAAUGGUUUUAUAAAAAUAAUCCCAAAGAGCCAAUAUAUGCAUUAUAUUGCUGAAGAAAUUCCUUUUAUAAAUGAAAAUGAACAAUUAGUUAAUGCAAAGGUAUCAUUAUGUUUUGAAUACAGCGAAUUUAUAUUAGAUUUUGAAAAAUUAAAAAAAAGUAUUAUAGACCAAAUUCAAACUUCAGAAAAUAUAAUUUUAAAACUAAAUUAUAAUGUUGAUACAAUAAAAAAUAUUCAAGAAAAUAAUAACUAUUUAGUUUGUUCCGAUAAAGAUUGUUCUAGUUUUAUAGGAAAGUCGAUUAUAAAUUGUUCUUUUGAAAGUAUUGAAAUGUUGGAUAAACAAAUUUUUUCAAUCGAAAAUAGUAAUAAUUGUUUUCUUAGAAUUAAGUGUGGGAUAGUAAUACAGAUACCCGAUACCAUGAAAGAGUGGAUGUCAAGUUUUUUGUUUGGAAUAGGACCUUUUUGUGGGUUUUUAGUUAAUCAAGAUAAUAAGGUUGUAUUAGUUAGUGAAAGAUCGAGUAAUAUUGGUUUUUUUAGUCCUAAUGAACCAAUACCAAAUGAUAUAAAAGAUUCUAUUAAUAAUUGUAAUCUUUCAAAUAAAUAUGGUAUGGAUUUAGCAAACUCUAUUUUAAAAGAAUGUGCUGAGUAUAUUAAAGAACCUUAUAGAUCUGAUAUACUUAAAUCUGAAAUUUUAGAAUUAAAGAAAGGAUAUGUUAAAAUCUAUCAAGAAAACUAUACAAAGAAAUCUUUAUAUAAUGUAAACUCUGGAGUUCAUAAAAGAUUAGAGGAAAUUAAAAUCAGAAAAGAAAAUUAUUAUUCAAAUUGUUCAACCAAAAUGACUUAUAGUUUAGAUGAUUCAAAUACUGUUGUAAAUUAUAUAAAUGGAUAUUUAAAAAAUAACUAA